CACCCCCCCCACCCGCCAAGUACAAAGGGAGCUGGUCGCCGACGGGAGUUGAAGACUGAAGGAGAGACAGGAAGAAAGAAAGACAGGUUUUCUUCUUUUUUCGCAAUCGCUGUACGUUGUUUGGCUAAACAAAGACGAAAUCAGUCGAAGAAAACGCUGUAAUAUUGACGACGCUGAAAACAGUUCGCGUGUCUGGCAGGCAGCUUUAGGCUAGACACGACUGCGCAUCCGAGCGCCUCAGAGGCGGAUGUUGACGUGCUGCUGCGCGGCCGCUCGUCUAUCCUAUGAUUUCAUAUUCCGCUAUGAAAUAACUUGUCAUCCGAAGUUGGCAGUGAGGUUCUUCACGUCUGCUCUUACAAAGAACUUUUCCUCUUCUGCCUAAUCUUCAACAAUCCAAAGUUUUCAACCUCCCUUCACUCCAAGCCCACCUAUAGAAGGUCUCCCCUACCUUUACAUGCCCACUGCAUUCCCUGUCAGCCUAUGACUGUAUCACUCACAGAAUCUCAGUACUCAGUCACCAGUUAUUCCACAACCCUCCCUUUCAAUCCAUUCUGUGAAUUAGUGGUUUGGUACUCCACAGUCUCUCAUGGCUUCUCCAAAGUUAGCUGUGCCUGCCACGAGUACAACCUUGCCUUCGUCGUCCCGCUCUGCUGCUUCCUUCUGUGCUUCACAACACAUAAGUAGCCUUAGCUCACUGCCUGAGGCCCCCACUAGCCCAAUGACAACUUCCCUGUGCCCAAGUACAAUUCCAGCAGCUCUGGUCAGUGCACCUGUCAACAUUGCCGUAAUCCUGGAGGAGCUUCGUAUUUUGCAGCAAAGGCAGAUCCACCAGAUGCAGAUGACUGAAGAGAUCUGCCGGCAGGUAUUAAGGCUGGGAGAAGCAUCUUGUAACCUUGAUUCAUCUCCACUCAUUCUGUCUCCACUGCCAUUCUGUUUGGAAGGUUCGGAUCGCACGUCAAGAACUUCUCGACUUGAUCAAACACCUUCCCCCACCUCUGUGACCCCUCUGUUGGCAUGCUUCUCCACCCUGCUUCCUUCACAGUCUUCAACUAAACCCUCCAAACCUUCCCAGUCCCUGUCAAAUGACCCGCAUCCACAUAAGCCUCUGCACGAUGAAACAGCAACCCAGGAGAAGCAGGCUAAUGCUACAAGUACUCACUCCUUUGUCUCGUCUUCAUCAUCUGCUGCUAUAAGCUAUCCACUUAGCCUCUCUUUUGGCUUACCUACCCACUACUCAUAUGAUAAGUCCUCUAAUACCAUAACAUCUGGUGCUCCUCCCACUACUGCUGACUCAGAGGAGUCCCAGCACUCAGCUCAAGGAAGUGGUGUAGCUUUGUCUUCAGGUCGUUUGCAGCAUGCUUGUCGGUUUUGUGGAAAGCUGUUUAGUAGUGACUCCUCCCUGCAGAUACACCUUCGCUCUCACACAGGUGAAAGGCCCUACCAGUGCCCUGUGUGUCUUAGCCGCUUCACUACACGUGGAAACCUCAAGGUGCACUUCCUGCGACACCGUGAGCAAAACCCAGAGCUGUCAUUCUCCCUGUUGAGUCCCUCACUGUUUGUGUCUGGAUCAGGGGGAACAACUGGAGGACCAGCGCAAACUCAACUAGUUAGUUCUGCUAACACCAGCACUCAGGACAGGCAGCAGAAACGCAAAGCAGAAGAUGACCUGUGUAGUGUAAGUCUAGAUGUUUCUACAGCAAGGGGUGCACUGUCUACAGCCUUGCAACGCUCACCACCCUCAUCUCUGCCCCUGCCUCCCAGCAUAGAUUUGGCUCUGUUGACCACCGCUCGCUCCCUCUUGCAGCUCAAUUGUGUUGCUGCUGCUGCUGCUGCUGCAGCAGCUGGUACUUCAAUAUCUUCUACUUCCUCAAACACCCCUUCCUUGUCAUCUUCCUCCCUCCUUUCCUCUCCAUCCUCAGCCUCAACAUUUACUGGACUGUUUAAAGGAGCAAAGCAACAGCGCUUUGAUGAGAAUACUCCUCCAGUCCCUGACUUGCUCCCUCGACACUUACCCAAAAUCCUCUUCCCAGCUGUGUCCUCCCACCACCAUCCUGCUUUUGGGCUCCUGAGAUCUUCAGCUUCAACAGUAUCCAACCCAUCAUCUGGCCAGCAACAAAUUACUUUCUCUUGUGCACCUUACCCCAAAGAUUCAGCCUCUUCGGUUUCUUCUCUGCCUACAUCCACCCCAACCUCAGACACCUCUAAGCUGCAAAAACUUGUGGAAAAAUUAGAAAAAGAGCCACAAACAUAUUGCCAGUGGCUUCCAUCUUGCAGCGGGAGCUCUUCCAGCAGUUACAGUACGGUUGGAGCACUGAAAACUGCCAGUACAUCCACUACUUAUGUGGUAACUUCACCUCCAUUCUCCACCACAAACACUCCACCAUCCUCAUUCAGCAGGGAGAUGAUGGCAGCCCUUGGGAUGAAUGCUAAAGGAGAAAAUGAUUUUGUGGGGACUGUGAUGCCUAAUCUACACUUCAUGGCUUCUGCUGGGUCACUAACCCCAAAUCAGUGCAGUGUAUGCCUCAGAGUGCUUAGUUGUCCCAGAGCACUUCGCCUUCAUCAGGCCACUCACCUAGGUGAACGUCCCUUCUCCUGCAAGUUGUGUGGUCGCUCGUUCUCAACCAAGGGCAGCUUGCGGGCACAUCUGGCUACACAUAGAGCACGCCCACCAAACAAUCGCACACAGAAUUCCUGCCCUUUGUGUCAGAGAAAAUUCACCAAUGCUGUGGUGCUGCAGCACCACAUUCGGAUGCACCUGGGAGGACAUCUACCAGCAGAGGGCAUUGGAGAUCAUCAGGCCUCAUCAGAGCUAUCUAAAACUCAGGUGCCUGACAACACCAGUACUAUUUCAGCUAUGACGCCUGGUACUGAUAAUUCCCCGGAGUGUAGCUCUUCUUUGAGUGCUCCAGAAUCCCUUACUCUCCUUACUUCUUCCUCAGGAAGUACCAAAAACAAAUUCAGUUCAGAAAUGAAUCCACCCUCUGACUUAAACUCCAAACAGUCUCCAAACCACACUCUUCAAUCAACCACAGCAGACAGUGCUGAUCCUCCUGUCCUCUGUACUAGUGUGUCCCCUCUAGCCGUAUCUGGUACCCCUACCUCUCCACUAGCUCUUCCAUGUUCAGUCAAAGUGGGAUCUCCUCCUAAUAAUGAACAUUUGCUUGAACAUCCCAUUAAAACUUCUACUACAGAGGAUAAAACCAUUACCCCUUGUGUGGCACAAAUAGGCCAAGUUGACCAUGCAGUCCGUGACAGAGAAACUCAUCUGGACAUCACUUCAUGUGAAUCAAAUUCAAACCUGGAGAAUUUGCUGAGUAUGCCCACCCACAACUCGUUAGCAUUUUCUCACCCUCUAAUAACCACACCGUCCUCUUUGGUGGCAAUGAGCCCUGAAAACCAUUCUACUCACCCAGGAUCCCUGUCAGAGUCUGACCAGGAUAUUGCCUGUGAACCCAAGUCAUUUAACCCAGACCCAAACAAAGAAGGUGAUAUUCCACAAGACACAACACGGACUGCCUCAGGGACAGUUUCUGAGGACAACAAUGCAACAACAGUGGCAUAUACAGUCGAAAAGACAAGUGAAGGACCAGAAAUGAGUGCAGCAGAUUCAAAUCGUAUCCAACCAUUGGAGGCAAGGAAGGAUGCUCAUACUAAUUUAACAGUUGAUGGGAUUGGUCUUAAAGAUACUGCAGGUGCUGAAAAAGAGCAACCAGAACCAGUGGUAUCUACCUCUUUGGCUCCUUCUCUCCUUCUGUCUCGUCCAGACAAAAAAACCUACUGUUGCUCUGAAUGUGGCAAAGAGUAUGCAAGUCGCAGUGGCCUGAAGGGACACAUGAAGCAUCAUGGAGUUACUCCUCAUGCCCCUGCAAGAUCAAGGGUCUCUGAAAGACAUCAGCCUGUGUCUUCACAAAAUCUGCCCAUCACUUCUUCAACACCUCCAGCAACUAGAGCAUCAGUCAGUUUCUUGAACCAGUAUCAAGCACGUCACAGUAUCAGCCAUGUAAAUCCAAAACAGAGCUCUUCUCCAGAUCGUAUUACUAGUAAUAAAGGAAAAGGGACUAAUAUAACUUUGUUAGAGGAAAACUGAAACAGCCUAAAGCAUGAAGAAAAGUGUGAACCUUGGCUGCGUGUAGAAAUGGAAUGGAAUCAUGCAUUGAAGUAACAUAUAACCUGUGUAUGUAACCUUUUCACUUGCUUGUUUACUGGCUCUUCUGUUAGUUUGUGUAAUGAUGAGUCUGUCUGAGACCUGAAAAAGUGAAUGUCAAAUUUUAUAGGUUAAACUAGUAAUGAACAUGGCAUAUAAUGUUUUUUUUUUUAUUUUAUUUAGCCAUUUCUAGUUCCACCGGCUAGCUGCGUUUUCCUUAUCACACGGGAUGAACCCUAUUCAGUAAAAAAUGAACCUAUUUGACCAGAUAGAUUGCCAUCUGUGCCCAGCUAAGAUGGUUUAAUCUGAAAUGUGUUAAGUUAACUUACAUUUAUUUUUCGACAAUCCCGAUUUCUCUACAGCUGAAUUGGAUGAUUUUUUCGGCUGUUUUUAAGUACAUCUUUAUUAAUUGAUUUAUUUACCUAAAGCUCUUACUGUACUCAGUGAGCAUUGAACUAAAUGAACAAAUGAAACACACUAACACUUUUCCAGUACUUUAUAUUGGCCAAAUUCUUCUGUAUAAAUAACAUUAUUUGCUCUUUAACCAAACCAACAUUUAAAAUUCUUAAAUGAAAUAGCAUACUUGCAAUAUGUCAGAUUUAUUAAAAUUGCUGAAAUGCUGAAAUAUAGUGUCCAUGCACUGCUGCGAGUUACCUUGUAAAUAAUCAUUUAAAAGUUAGAGCAGACUGCUUGGAUUUUGUGGGACUUUUUCAGACCACAUCAUACGUCUUUAUACAUUAACGUCACUGGAACGGUCUCAGAAAGAAGGUACGGCUUGAUGUUUAGGUCUCAUAUGCAUAAUUAACAUUAUACUGAUGAAGAUACGAUGACUAUAGUAGGUAAUUAUCUUGGAAGUUUUAUCCGAGUAUUUGAGUUUUCUCUCUGAACACUCAAAUCACAAUUACAUGCAAUUACACAUUGCCACCAUAGAGGUCUCCAAAUCCCCAAAUCUUACAUAUUGUAGCUUUAAUUAACACAAAUCAGAUGCCCUUUUUGAAAAGCAAGAGUCAACAGGCUAUGUUAUACAAUGAAAGUUGCAUAUUUAUUCUACAAACGUUUUGGCAUAGGUAUAGCAGCAGCAUCCAAAACGGUGCAAGAACCUGACCUGGCCAUUUCCAAUCCCUAGCACAACGAGCUAGUGUUGAAUCUUCUUCAGGUCCAUGGUUAAAAAAUUGGUAUGUAGCAAUAGUCUGGGGUGGCAUGUCUAAACUAACUUUUUGCAUAAGAUUUAUUUGAAAUCUUUUUGCAGUCCCAGUGGUCUGGUAAUUUUCUUUCUACUAAAAAGCAUGGGCUGGAGUUGUGCUAUGGUGCUCUAUCACUGUAAACAUUUCCAUGAAAAAAGAGCUACUGAGCCUCCAAAAUGCAGCUACUUUAAGAAUAAACAUGCUUACACCAUGUAAACACUCCUGUAAACAAAAUGGCUUUAAUUAUCUGAGGGUCACACUCAACUGUAAAUACAACUUGGCCUAAGCUUAGUCUUUGUUCAUGUUUUUCCUUUUCACUAUGAUAUAACAAAUAAUGUAAUCUGUUAUGUAUUUACACUGCAACUAGUCAGUGAUAUGUCAACCAUUAAUAGUGUUUAGAUCACGUAAAUGUCAUUCAGUGAUAAGUCUUGGUGAUCAGUUCUGAUGUGUCGCUGCAGUAGUUACAGUAUCUGCUGUAUUUGUUGUCAGUGUAUCUUCCCAAACACAGUCUGGGUGAAAAAAUAACCAUUUUUGUGACUUUAUGGCGACUCGUUGUGACACUGUUUCAAUCUGCAUUGGUGUUCUGUAUUUGAAUGUUUUUUUCUAAACUGAUGUAAAUUUACUGGUCGCUUUAUUAGAAACACCUACCCUGUUAAUGAGAGUGUAGCCCGUCUGUUGCCAUGCACAGUUUGUGUUAGCCAUCCUUCGGCCCAAAAUCAGUGCACAUUUGCUGACUACAGAGCUGCUCUUGGCUGGAUAUAUUUGGGUGGAGGAACACACUUAAAGGCAGACAACCAUUUUUACAUGUGUCUCGUGUUGUGCUGUACUCACUAAAGACUAGGCCAUGGGUUGGCAACCCAGUGUUAAGGACCAUUUUGUCCAUUCAAAAAAACAUCAGUCCACCUUCAGAGCCACAACAUUUUAUGCUCAUUUAUUUAAGUAACGUUUUACCAUAUUGGCUGUAAAUAUGUCGCAGUAUGUGCUAGUGCCCUAGCAUUGGCUAAAAAAUCUAAACAAAAAAACACAGAUUUACUUUGCUCUGCUUUAAACUUUAGCUCAGCUAUAGUUGCUUUUCUCGCAUCUCCGGCAGCAAACUUUUCCUCAAAAGUAGAAUAGUUUCCUGUAAAAUGUCUCUCAACGUUCGAGUUUUUACGAGGCUGAAGUCGCUUGUCUCCAGCUUCUUGUUCCAAUUUUCCCGUUCCACCUUAACGGCAGUAAAAGAGUUGCAUGUUGCCGAUCUCUGGACUAGGCUAACCCUCUUCUCAUGUUAUCUUGAAGGUGGGAGGAACUCCAAAAUCGAAUAUAUGGAAAGUGGUGGAUUUCUCGGGGUUGGCUGUUUUUUGUGUAGUUACUGCAUAGAAUCUGAAUAUUUGAAUGUUACUGUAGUAACUGUUUUCAAAUCAUCGUUAGAAGGGAGAAAACGGAUUACUCCAACAACAGAAAUGACUUGUCAGAUGAGGAGAACAGUAUGCUGUAGUUAGCAAGAUAGCUAAAGCCAAAGUUAGCAAGCUGGUUUGCUAGAUAACAAUUCAGUUUGGCUUCCUUUCUCUGGCUAAAACAAUUAGCAAAACAUAUUGCCUCUGGUGUCCAUUUUGUGCUGAAUAAAGAGAAAAAUUGCUAUUUUGCUUGACAACUGAGGUAAGAGUGGUUGUAUUUAUUAGCCUGUUAAUCAGUGGCUAGGCUAGCAGUCAGGAUUGGCGCCACAGGGAUUCCCGAUGUUUGUAUGAUGCAUUUGCGCAAUGUAUGCUGGAUAUUGUAGUGAGAAAACAGUGAUGAAUGUAAACAUGAUAAUUGAUAUAAAAUUGUGAAUUCUGUCAAUUUAAUGAGGGAUACAGUGCUUUACUACAGCCUAAUACACAACAUGACACACAUUAAACUCGACUUAUAUGUGAGAAUGCCCCUUUACUUUCACCUAGCAGUGAACUGCUGUGUUGAGAAUGAUUCACCACCCGAAUACUAUCUGGUCAACAGCGGGCCCACGGUCAGAAACUGAUGAAACCACUGGUUAAAGGUAGGCAUUUCUCAUAAACUAGAUGGUGAGUGUAACUGUCAUUUCUGUAAUUUGUAAAUCAGUUUUUUUGUUUUGUUUUUAGAAUAUAUACAAAUAACUUGUGUCUUAGUCCAGUUGUUUGCGUACUGCCAUUUCCUCAAAGACUUAAAACAAAUAAAGAACCAAACUUUUUUCAAA